UGUGGUCACACUAAACUAUUGAAAAACACCCCCCACCCACGGGGUCGCUGCAAGCUAAGAACUGAGACAAUACCCGCAAAAGAUGAAAAAUGGCAAAAAAUAAGUCAACAGUGUACCUGGGCUUCGAGGAUGAGGAAAUAUCGGCCAAGCAGGAGCAGUUUCUGAACAGCUGCACCAAUAAAAUAGGCGGCACUCCCGACUGGCCCGGACAUGCGGUGACUAUUCCAGUCUGCCCGUUAUGCGGUGCAGCACGUCCCUUGAUUGUCCAGAUGUAUGCCCCCUUGGAGCGCUCCCAGUUUCAUCGCAGCCUCUAUGUUUUUGGGUGCGUCAGUCCCGCGUGCUCCCAAAAUCAGAGGAGUUGGCUGUGCGUGCGCACCCAACACCUGGACCACCAGUUCGAAGUUAUAAGUGAGCAGUCGCCAAAAGCCAGUAAGCCGAAAAAGAAGAGCAAGUCCGCCAGUCUCAAAGCAUCGAGCUGGUGCAGUGGAGCAGAUGACUGGGGAGACAGUGGAAUCGUGGCAUCGGUUAAGACGGAGAACGAGGAUGAGGCUAUGGACCUUACCGCUGACGAAGAGCAAAAUGGCAAUGUACGGUCCAACAAUUUGGGAUGUGUGGAUAUCGAGGAGCCCUUAAAGUUGGAGCACUCCAAGAAUAACGUGGACGAUGAUGACGAGGAUGAGAGCACCUCGCUGGAGAACGACUUGAUUUCUGGUUUUCACCAACUGGACAUGAUCUCGCCACAAAACAUUGAUGACGAUCCCAACGCGAAUUGUGCAGCUGCCGCCGCUCCCAGCAUGGAUUUCGCUGGAGCCUCUGCUGCCUCUGCGACGAUUUGCGCCGAAAUCGAGGGUCCGGAAACUGACGUAGUGUUAGUCGACUCGCCUAACAAGCCGGAACGAGAUCUGAUCGCCCUACUCAAGCACACGUCUGUGUCAUUGUCGCAGAUCAAGGACCUAACCCUGACACCCUUUUACAUUUCGGUCGAUGUUGAGAGCAAGAGCAUGGCGGAUGACUUUGAGAACUACGGUGGAGCCCUAUCCAUGGAUCAUAUACGUGAUCUCUACCAAGAGUACAAGCUACGCGACGGAGACGCAGCCAAUUCACCCACUGGAGCGGCUGCGGGCUCCGGUGAACCAGGCGAGGAAUACGAAAAGGCAAUACCGGCUCAUGGAGAUUUCGUUUUUCACAACUUUAUAUCAACCAUCCAGCAGAACCCAGGCCAAGUCUUGAGGUAUUCCCGAGAUGCUCUUCCGUUACUCGUGGCUCCACUGACUGAGCCACUGCCCAAAUGUCAGAACUGUCGUGGUGAGACAAUUUGCGAGGUUCAGCUGCUGCCCACUCUCAUUCCCAAGUUGCGGUUCCAGCAGAAUGGCUGCGGUGUACCGAUUGAAUUCGGCAACGUGCUGGUAUUCACUUGCCUCAAGAGCUGCUGGGACACCCCUGACCUGAUGCGAUACGAGCAUGUGGUGGUGCAGUCAGAGUCUUAGAGCGAUGCUCCUCCAGUGAUUACCAAAAGCCAUAGAAACUGUACGCCGUAGCUGCUAAGUUGCAGACCUGUGCAACGAAUUUUAAAUGCAAACUGCAGAGAAAAAGCUAAGCUUCUCGAAUGUCCUAGGAAGAUUUUACGCUCUAGUUGUUAAGAACGUUGUACGCUUUUAGACACGCCGAAGAGGAUAGUUGCUAAUAAUAUCUCGUUAUUUCCACUCCCCCUCUAACAGGGUUUCAA